AUGGAGACUACGAGACUUCCUUCUUCUGCAACUGUAAUAAUCCAAGGCGAAGGAGCAGAUGUGAACUUGAAAAUCAAUAAAACUGUUUUUCGUUUGGGAUGGUUUUCAUUCAUUUGUGGUGCUUGUCUUAUUGCCGGAUUUUUUCUGAUGAUUGCGGGCUUAGCAUCGAUUGCAGCUGGAUAUCAUGAGACAUCAUAUAAAUAUUACCUUCAUGCUCAAAUUUGGUCAUUUAUUGUCGAUCUUCUCUUGGCGCCUGGUCUGAUCAUUGUAGCGAUAAGCGCGCUGAUUAUAGACAGUCAAGAUAUUCAACCUCUCUGCCGAGCGGAAGGUGAAUCCGAAUUGAACAUUCUAUGUAUCAAGGAAAUGAACUUGUAUGACUUAAGUCGCAUAUUGAAUAUAAUUCAAUUAGCUAUUGGUGCUGUAUGUUUUGUUACUCAUAUCAUUCUUCUAUCGAAUCAAAGACGAAUGCUUGAGCGAAUGAUAAUUGCUGAGAAUGGUGUUGCGAAAGAAGUAGUUAUGUACGCUCAACCUACGAAUCAAACGAUAUAUUAUGCUGAUUCGCCGCCGAAAUACGAAGAUCUUCCAUUAUCUUAA